UAGGUGCCGGCCGCCCCUGGCGUUCAACACCGCUUCCAGGUGCCGGCCGUGUCUGCCAUGGACGACUAUGCGGUUUUGUCCGAUACUGAGCUGGCCGCAGUGCUACGCCAGUACAACAUCCCGCAUGGGCCUAUUGUGGGUCCCCUCCCCGUGUUCCCUUGUGCUCUUGGGGUGCUCGGCUCGCACCCGCUGACCGCUUCGCACCCUGUGUCUGGGCAGGCUCCACUCGCAAGCUCUACGAAAAGAAAAUCUUCGAGUACGAGACCCAGAGAAGGAGGCUUUCGCCCCCCAGCUCGUCAUCGUCUUCAUUCUCCUAUCGGUUCUCAGACUUGGAUUCAGCCUCCGUGGACUCAGACAUGUAUGAUCUGCCCAAAAAGGAGGACGCCUUACUUUACCAGAGCAAGGACUAUAAUGAUGACUACUAUGAGGAGAGCUAUUUGACUACCAGGACAUACGGGGAGCCCGAGUCUGUGGGCAUGUCCAAGAGCUUCCGCCGGCCAGGGACCUCACUUGUAGAUGCUGAUGAUACCUUCCAUCACCAGGUGCGUGAUGACAUUUUCUCUUCUUCAGAAGAGGAAGGCAAGGAUAGGGAACGCCCCAUCUAUGGCCGAGACAGUGCCUACCAGAGCAUCGCACACUACCGCCCCAUUUCCAAUGUCUCCAGGAGCUCCCUGGGCUUAUCAUAUUAUCCUACAUCCUCCACCUCUUCUGUGUCCUCCUCUUCAUCUUCUCCCUCUUCAUGGCUUACCCGACGUGCCAUUCGACCAGAAAAGCAGGCCCCUACUGCUGCUCUGGGCCAGGAUCGACAGGUCCCACUCUGGGGCCAGCUGUUACUCUUCCUGGCCUUUGCUGCCUUUCUGCUCUUUGUUUACUAUUCCAUACAAGCUGAAGAAGGCAACCCCUUCUGGAUGGAUCCCUAAGGGUAUUGGUUUCAGAGCAGCUCUUAACAGGAGUUUUGGCUGACUGCCUUAGCAGUGUUUGCUGGGGGUGGGGGGUAGGGGCUUUUUUGUGUAUUCUAGUUAGAGGGUACAGGGCCUAGCCUACGGCAGUGCUUGUCUCCACCUCAUCUUGCCAAGGAAGCAGCAAAUGCUGGCUUUCCACAGCCCAGUAGGCCCGUAUGUACCUUCCUCUGGAGCCUCCUAGCCUUAUUGCCUCUGACUCUUAGGGUAUGGGGAUCUGGUGGGGAGGACCUCACUUCAUUAGAGGAAAACUUGGUGGUGGCAGUGGUAGUUGUCAUGCAUGCCUGUUUGUUGUCACCUUUUCAGGGGGUAUUAACAAGGCCAUCCUGGCUUUGCUUUCGUGGACACAAUAAUAAACAUGUUUAUUUUUA